GAAGGCUGCGCCGCCGAGCCUGUUUCUCUCUCUCUAGAUUAAAUCUGCGCUUCGCAGUCCCCCUUCUUCCAUCCCCCGGGUCUGGAGGGGGUCCCUACAGAUCUUAAAAUGACCGCACCGCGCCCUCCACCCCAGAUUAACCUUUGAAGACUCAUGUGGCCUGCGGAAGAAGUCCAGAAGAGAAGGAAGAGGAGACAGGGAUGGCUCUUUCUCAAGGAAGGUUGACAUUCAGGGAUGUGGCCAUCGAAUUCUCUCAGGAGGAGUGGAAAUGCCUGGACCCUGCUCAGAGGGCUUUGUACAGGGACGUGAUGUUGGAGAACUACAGGAACCUGGUCUCCCUGGAUGUCUCUCCUACACAUAUGAUCAAGGAAUUACCACCAAAAGAGAACAAUAGCACAGGAAAAGUAUUCCAAGCAGUGAUGUUGGAAAGACAUGAAAUCCAUGACAUCAAAGAUUUUUACUUCAGGGAAAUGCAGCAAAAUAUUCAUGACUUUGAGUGUCAGUGUCACAAUGAUGAAAGAAAUUACAGAGAAAUACGAGAAAUACCUGCAAUUAAAAUUAAAAACAUUGCUGGAAGAAGAGAUCAAGGUGAUGGAAGGAAUGCAGGAAAUAAGCCAGUUGAAAAUCAGCUUGAACUAAGCUUUUGGUCGCAUCUGGCUGAACUGCAGGGAUUUCAAAUUGAAAGGAAAAUUUAUGAAUGUAAUCAAAUUGAGAAGUCUGUCACCAGUGGGUCCUCAGUUUCAUUACUUCAAACAAAUCUUCCUCGUGUCAAUACCAGCAUUUCUAAUAUAUAUAGGAAUGAUUUUAUGCAUCCUUCAUUACUCACACAAGACCAGAAAGCAUACAUUAGGGAAAAACCUUACAAAUGUAGUGAUUGUGGCAAGGCCUUUAAUCAGAGGUCCAACCUUACUACACAUCAGAGAAUCCAUACUGGACAGAAACCACAUAAAUGUGACAUAUGUGGCAAAGGUUUCAGGCGAAUUGCAAACCUAGCAAGUCAUCAUAGAAUUCAUACUGGAGAGAAACCUUACAAAUGUAAUGAGUGUGGCAAGACCUUCAAUCAGAUGUUCAACCUUACUACACAUCAGAGAAUCCAUACUGGACAGAAACCAUAUAAAUGUGAUAUAUGUGGCAAAGGUUUCAGGCAAAUUGGAAACCUAGCAAGUCAUCAUAUAAUUCAUACUGGAGAGAAACCUUACAGAUGUAACGAGUGUGGCAAGACCUUUAAUAGGAUGUUCCACCUUACUAGACAUCAGAGAAUCCAUACCGGACAGAAACCUUAUAAAUGUGAUAUAUGUGGCAAAAGUUUCAGUCAAAAUUCAUACCUUGAAAAUCAUCAGAGAAUUCACACUGGAGAGAAACCUUACAAGUGUAAUUGGUGUGGCAAAGCCUUUAGCAUGCACUCAAACCUAACUAAACAUCAGGUCAUCCAUACUGGAGAGAGACCUUAUAAAUGUAAUGAGCAGGGCAAGGCUUUUUUUUCAGAGUUGAAAUUGUAAAACAU